AUUCUCGUUGCAAUAGACUUUGGAACUACGUAUUCGAGUUUUGCAUAUGUUCAUAAAGAAAAUCAAGAAACUGUUGUAGUAAAUUAUUCAUGGCCAGGAAAAGAAGGUGUCCCAAAAGCACCCACAGCACUUCAAUAUGAUGAAGAGUAUAAAAAUGUCACCAGUUGGGGGAAUUUAGCUUUAGAGGAAGAUCCUGAUGGAAUACCAGAUAAUACAGAAGGACAGCGUCCACGUCCUGUUGAAUUAUUUAAGUUUCAUAUAUCAAAUUUAAGCAAAAAAGAAUUACCUUGGUUACCGCCUCAAUUACAUUAUACAAAAGCUAUUGAAGAUUAUUUAACUCAAAUGAGAAAAUUAAUUCAAGUAACUCUAGUAAGACGAUGGCCUACUAUAAAUUUCCCUCAACAAGUCGGUUUUGUAUUAACAAUCCCUGCCGAAUGGCCUCCACACACAACUAAAGUGAUGAGAGAAUGUGCAUAUAAAGCAGGAUUAUUAACAUCUUUGAAUUCACAACGACUCGAAUUUACAACUGAACCUGAAGCUGCAGCACUUCAUUGUCUUAGCGUUAUAAAAGAACAUAACUUACAACCAAAUGAUUCAUUUUUAGUAGCUGAUUGCGGAGGUGGUACAGUUGAUUUAACUUUACGAAAACUUCUUCCGGAAAAUAAUUUACCACAAUAUGUUGUUGAUGAAAUCAAAGAACAAAUGGAAGAAGCUGGAUGGAUAUUAAAAGUUGACUAUGAAACUGUUAAAGGAAUGUUCGAUCCCGUGAUUGAUCGAAUUAUAAAUUUAAUUGAUGAUCAGUUAAAAAAUUCUUCGGAAAAAAUUUGUUCAGCAAUGUUUUUGGUAGGAGGAUUUAGUGAAUCUCCUUAUUUACUUCGUAGAGUUAAAGAAACAUUUGAACAUCAAGUUCCUAUCAUCGCUGUGCCAGCUGUACCAAUAGCAGCAAUAGUUCGUGGUGCUAUUACAUAUGGACUUAAUGUUAUUGAUAUUGUACCUGAUCGAGUGUUAAAAUGGACAUACGGAAUUGCAUGGGUUUCUGGUGAUAAACUAAACAAAAGAACAAAGGAUGGAAUGUACCUUUAUUUUCAUGAAUUGGCAAGACGUGGUAGCAAUGUUAAAGUAAAUCAAAAAUUUUCGGGAGAUUUUUAUCCAAUAAGACCAAAUCAAGAUAUUAUAACAUUUAAUGUUUAUUAUACUUCAAAAUAUGAAGCAAAAUAUUGUAAUGAUCCCGGAAUGAGAUUAUUAGGAGUUAUAAAAGUAAAAACAUAUGAUACUCACCUAGGUUUAAACCGUCCCAUUGAAUUUUCACUUGCUUUUGGUAAAGUAGAAAUUAAAGCUACUGCUAAAAAUAAGUCAACUGGUGAAAUUUAUAAUGAAACUACUCUUGAAUUAACUCUUUGAUAGUUAUAUAAAUAUAUUUAUUUAU